AUGGAUCCCAUCUAUCCUCAGCUCAAGAUCAUAUUUUGUCAUCUCGAUGUCCAUGCCAGCAUUUUCUCAUGGGAACGAAUGCCUGUCCUCAAACUUGCCUCACAGGGCCAUAUUUCUGGAUUUUUCGAUGUGGUUCCAGAGCAGUUCUCCGGUAUCCUGGAUAUAGAACAGGCACUUGUUAUACUGCAAAACUGGAAAACAAAUCAUCUCAUGUCGACGGUAGCUCACAAAGGAGCUCAUCUGCAAGAGCUACCAACUGAGAUCGCUCAAGAGAGGCUUCAACUCGAAAGACAAUUCCAAAAUUUUGAAGCUGCAAUUGAGCAAUUCUGGCUCAAGAAUGAUGGGCAAACGAUGAAUAGCCCGGAUCGCCAACGAAUCAUGUUAUUGCACUGCCAAGAAAUCAUUUUUCAUGGUGUCCUGCUCGAGAAUAUAAUCCUAACCGACGAAGAUACGAAGACACCCAUGGAAGCCUAUUGCAAAUUUGAGUUUGCUUUGGAGCAAAUCGGGGUUCUUAUUUCAGACUUCGAAUCAUCAGAUAUGUCCAAGUCUGACCAUCGAGAAUUCACUGUCUCAACUAAUGUAGUAGCUAUGCUUUACUUUGUUUGCUUGAAAACAAGAGACAGGAACCUCUUAAAGAAGUCCCUCUCCAUGAUGAAUAGUCGCCUCUAUUCCGCUCGAGACGGGCUCUGGGACUCAAGAAAAGCGUUUUUGGUAGUUCAAUCUCUUGAAAAGGACUCCCUCAACGGCGAGGUUGAGGACGUGCGAUUAGAAGACGUUGGCUCUGAAGUUAUGGAUACCAGCUGUGGAAUAGAUGAGGUUUUCUGUGCUUUGCGCAUUGGGGAUGAAGUAAAUUGA